UUUAUUAAUUAAACCUAAAAUAUUCUUCCCUUUCUAAUCUCCCUAUCUCUGUCUACACUACACUACUCUACUCUUCUCCCCGCCUCAAUUGGAGUUGGAGGUUCUCCUUCCAAACCCUCCAAGAUAUUUGGAGAUUAAGGUAUAUAUACGAAGUGACUGAGACUACUGACUGGAAUGGAAACUGCAGCGGCGGCGGCGACGCCUUCGCUGUGGCUGUCUUCAUUGGAAUCCAUUUGCUCUUUCAGGAUCAGCUCUUCUCACAUUAACAAAACCGCCGCUUUCAGAUUCCAACAACCACAUCACCGUCUGCUUCUCACUUGCUCCCAUGGCGCCCGUGCUUCUCAGCCUAUCAAGAAGAAAACUCGUACCACUCGAUCCAGCCCUAAACCCAAACCCAAAACCUUACGCCUCAAUACUACUAUUGACAAAGUUGCCUAUCAACCCAGCAAGAGUAACAAGGUGGACCAGGCACAAAAAGAACAGCUUAAUACCAAUGCAAAUGGGGAUCCUCUUGGUCGCAGAGACCUCGGUAAGAAAGUGGUGAAGUGGAUUACACAGGGAAUGAGGGCCAUGGCUGCUGAUUUCGCCUCUGCUGAGGUUGGCGAUGACAAUGGUGAUUUCUCGGAGAUCCAACAACAAAUGGGACCUGGCCUCGCCUUUGUAAUUCAGGCGCAGCCGUACCUGAACGCUAUACCAAUACCUCUGGGCUUGGAAGCUGUCUGCCUGAAGGCCUGCACUCACUACCCCACUCUGUUCGACCAUUUCCAAAGGGAACUCCGUGAUGCUCUUCAAGAUCUUCAACGCAGAUCGUUGGUAGCAGACUGGCGUGAAACUCGCUCGUGGAAGCUGCUAAAGGAGCUGGCUGGCUCCACGCAGCACAGGGCAAUGGCACGCAAGGCAGCAGGGCAGCCUCCAAAGAAGAGUGGCCAGAGCGUGUUGGGGAUGGAGAUGGAGAAGGCCAAGGCCAUUCAGGGCAGGAUUGAUGAGUUCACCAACCGCAUGUCUGAGCUUCUUUGCAUAGAGAGGGAUUCUGAGUUAGAGUUCACGCAGGAGGAGUUGGAUGCCGUUCCUAAACCCGAUGAAUCCGCUGAUUCCUCCAGACCAAUUGAGUUCUUGGUCAGCCAUGGCCAAGCUCAGCAAGAACUCUGUGACACAAUCUGCAACCUGAAUGCGAUCAGCACAUCCAUUGGACUAGGUGGAAUGCAUUUGGUGCUGUUCAAGGCUGAAGGGAAUCACAAGUUACCGCCCACAACUCUGUCUCCAGGUGACAUGGUCUGCGUGAGAAGCUGUGAUAGUAGGGGCGCAGGUGCAACCUCUUGCAUGCAAGGUUUUGUCAACACCCUUGGGGAAGAUGGCUGUACCAUUAGCAUUGCUCUUGAGUCUCGUCACGGAGAUACUACCUUCUCCAAACUCUUUGGGAAGAACGUUCGCAUUGAUCGCAUUCCUGGCUUGGCUGAUGUGCUCACGUACGAGCGCAAUUGCGAAGCCCUUAUGCUGCUUCAGAAGAAUGGUUUGCGAAAGAAAAAUCCUUCACUUGCAGUCAUAGCUACACUAUUUGGAGACACAGAAGAUAUGGCAUGGUUGGAGGAAAAUAAUAUUGUGGAUUGGGGUGAACAAGAAUUGAGUGGAAAAUCGAUUAAUGGGACUCUUGAUGAGGCUCAACGAAGAGCAAUUGGCUUAGGUUUGAAUAAGAAGCGACCUGUAUUGGUAAUUCAAGGGCCUCCUGGUACUGGAAAGACAGUUUUACUAAAGGAAUUAAUAGCACUUGCGGUUCAACAAGGUGAAAGAGUGCUUGUUACAGCACCUACAAAUGCAGCUGUGGACAACAUGGUUGAUAAACUUUCGCGUAUCGGAUUGAACAUUGUCCGGGUUGGUAAUCCAGCACGUAUAUCUCCAACUGUAGCAUCAAAGUCUCUGGGAGAAAUUGUCAACUCUAAGCUCGCCAAUUUUCGAGCAGAGUUUGACAGGAAAAGGGCAGAUCUAAGAAAAGACCUGAGGCUUUGUUUGAAGGAUGACUCAUUAGCUGCUGGCAUUCGCCAACUUCUAAAGCAGCUUGGAAAAGAGUUAAAAAAGAAGGAAAAGGUAGCAGUUAGGGAAGUACUAUCCAGUGCUCAAGUCGUUCUUGCCACUAACACAGGAGCAGCUGACCCUUUGGUUCGAAAGCUGGAUACCUUUGACCUUGUUGUUAUAGAUGAAGCUGGGCAAGCAAUUGAGCCUGCUUGCUGGAUUCCAAUACAGCAAGGAAAGCGUUGCAUUCUUGCUGGUGACCAAUGUCAGCUUGCUCCUGUCAUUCUAUCUAGAAAAGCAUUAGAAGGUGGUCUAGGAGUAUCUCUGCUUGAGAGAGCUGGUACUUUACAUGGAGGUCUUCUUACCACCAUGCUAACUACCCAACAUCGGAUGAAUGAUGCAAUAGCCAGUUGGGCGUCCAAGGAGAUGUAUGAAGGUUUGCUCAAGUCCUCUCCAACUGUAGCUUCUCAUCUUUUGGUAGAUUCUGCUUUUGUCAAGCCUACAUGGGUAACACUAUGCCCACUUCUCUUGCUGGACACUAGAAUGCCAUAUGGAAGUUUGUCAAUGGGCUGCGAGGAGCAUUUAGACCCAGCAGGCACAGGCUCAUUAUACAACCAAGGGGAAGCAGAUAUUGUUGUGCAACAUGUCUUUUCUUUGAUAUAUGCUGGUGUUAGGCCAACAGCUAUUGCAGUGCAAUCUCCUUAUGUUGCUCAAGUACAGCUCCUGCGGGACAGGCUAGAGGAACAUCCUGAGGCUGCGGGAGUUGAAGUUGCCACAAUUGAUAGCUUCCAAGGUCGGGAAGCUGAUGCAGUGAUAAUAUCAAUGGUGCGAUCAAACACUCUAGGAGCUGUUGGAUUUCUUGGAGAUAGUAGGAGAAUGAACGUUGCCAUAACAAGGGCACGAAAACAUGUAGCAGUUGUUUGUGAUAGCUCAACAAUUUGCCACAACACCUUCCUUGCAAGGCUUCUGCGUCAUAUCCGUUAUUUUGGCAGGGUGAAGCAUGCUGAACCUGGCAGUUUUGGGGACUCUGGACUCGGCAUGAAUCCAAUGUUGCCUUCCAUCAGCUAAGAAAGUUUCACUUUUUGCUCCAAAGGACCAUCUCCUUGUUACUGUACAGGUCUUUUUGUUUUACCAGCAAAGUAGUGAUUAUAGUAAUACAUGAUCAUUAAUUAGUUUACUGUAUAUACACGAUCCAAUUCAUUGAUCAAGAACUUGUUUUGAAUUCGUCUACACCAGUGAAGAACGAAUGAAAUUUAUAUUUCUUCACCACUCUACAAAGAAUAUGUAUAUCUUCC